CUCAGCUGGCCCUCCACUAGUUUUUUCACAACAACGAGUCGACUAUGUUCACGCCUUGACUCUUAUAGACCGCUAUAAGUUUUCUUUCAUCUGUCGUGUCUUUAUCGCUGAAGCUGAACAUCAUGGAGACGUCCGCGCCUAAAAGUAAACUGAAGAAACUGAGCGAGGAUAGUUUGACCAAACAACCAGAGGAAGUGUUUGAUGUUCUUGAGAAACUUGGUGAAGGUUCCUAUGGCAGCGUGUUCAAAGCCAUUCAUAAGGAAUCCGGCCAGGUGGUGGCCAUUAAACAGGUUCCCGUGGAGUCCGAUCUGCAGGAGAUCAUCAAGGAGAUAUCCAUCAUGCAGCAGUGUGACAGCCCUUAUGUGGUAAAAUACUACGGCAGCUACUUCAAGAACACGGACCUGUGGAUUGUCAUGGAGUACUGUGGCGCCGGCUCAGUCUCAGACAUCAUCAGACUGCGCAACAAAACACUGACAGAAGAUGAGAUUGCCACCAUCCUCAAGUCAACACUGAAAGGUCUCGAAUACCUUCACUUCAUGAGGAAGAUCCAUCGCGAUAUCAAGGCUGGAAACAUCCUGCUGAACACAGAGGGUCACGCCAAGCUGGCCGACUUUGGAGUCGCAGGACAGUUGACGGACACAAUGGCAAAGAGAAACACUGUGAUCGGGACGCCGUUCUGGAUGGCCCCAGAGGUCAUUCAGGAGAUCGGUUAUAACUGUGUUGCUGACAUCUGGUCCCUGGGCAUCACAUCUAUAGAGAUGGCUGAGGGAAAACCUCCGUAUGCUGAUAUCCAUCCCAUGAGAGCGAUCUUCAUGAUCCCCACAAACCCUCCGCCGACGUUCAGAAAGCCGGAGCUUUGGUCAGACGAGUUCACAGACUUUGUUAAGAAGUGUUUGGUGAAGAACCCGGAGCAGAGAGCGACCGCCACACAGCUGCUCCAGCACCCCUUCAUCAGCCAGGCCAAACCUGUCACUAUCCUGAGAGACCUGAUCACUGAAGCCAUGGAGAUGAAAGCCAAGCGGCAGCAGGAGCAGCAGAGAGAGCUGGAGGAGGAGGACGACAACUCAGAGGAGGAGACGGAGGUGGACUCCCACACGAUGGUGAAGUCCGGCUCGGAGGGCGCCGGGACCAUGCGGGCCACGAGCACCAUGAGCGACGGGGCUCAGACCAUGAUCGAGCACGGCAGCACCAUGCUGGAGUCAGACCUGGGGACGAUGGUCAUCAACAGCGACGACGAAGAGGAGGAGGAGGACCAGGGAUCAAUGAGAAGACACGCCACCCCCCAGCAGCCGAUACGUCCGUCUUUCAUGGAUUACUUUGACAAGCAGGACUCCAACAAAGCAGCCCAGCAGCAGGAGAACUACAACCACAACCACCCGCCGGAGCAGCCCGGCUACCACAUCCAGUCCAAAAACGUCUUCCCCGACAACUGGAAGGUGCCGCAGGACGGAGACUUUGACUUUCUGAAGAAUCUGGACUUUGAGGAGCUUCAGCUGCGUCUGAGUGCCUUAGACCCCAUGAUGGAGCGGGAGAUCGAGGAGCUCAGGCAGCGCUACACCGCCAAGAGGCAGCCCAUCCUGGACGCCAUGGACGCCAAGAAGAGACGGCAGCAGAACUUCUGAGGGCUCCUCCUCCUCCCCGCCCCAGUCAGUCCCCCUGGUUCCAGGUUCUCCAAAGCCACGUUUCACACAAAACUCAAGUCCCGGCGACUCAGGGGAAUCAAGACGACCUCGUUGCUCUUAUCAGACGCCCUCCGCUGCUCUCACUCGCUGCUGACUGGCCUCCGAAUGAAGUUUGAUGCCCACGGCUGGGUGGCGUCUGUUUCCCGGGAUUCACACUCAUCAGCAAUUUUUUUUUUUUUUUUUUUUUUUUUUUUAACUAUCCACAAGAAGUAUAAUUUCCCUCUCUAGUUAAUGUGAAGCAGGUUUUCGAUGUUCAGAAUUGCAGCCCUAAAGUGAAGCAAGCCACGACAUCUGAAAGUCACAAAGAGGAUUUCCUCUUUCCUCCUCGAGCACUCACCAGACACCGCGGAGACACUCGGGGCCGAAACGCCAGCAGCAGCACCAGCACUCCCUUCAGUGACAGCCUGUCUCUUUUCCCCCCUCAGACUUUUAACCCGCAGUGUAAAUAUAAUAGAGCCUAGUUUGGAAAUACCUGCAUCAGAAGCUGUGGAGGUUCGUCCAUGACCAAAGACAAUCACCGUGAUGUUGAUGAAGAAGUUGAAAGAAUGCCUUAAACUAUUUUAAACCUGUAAGCAAUGUAAAGAAAGCAGCCAAGUGACCGGAUGGUUGGAUCCAUUCCCUCAGAAAUCAAGUGAAGGGUGGAGAACGAAAUCGUGCAUGUUUCAUCAAUCGUUUGUGGACCAGAGAAGUUUCAAUCGAUCACAUUUAGUCUUUAAUUUUCAAGUUUGCGUUUUUCGAGUAUGAUGAACUGGGCUUGGUUACUUCUUCAUUGCACUGCCUGUAGUGUCAGACUUCCUGUGUUUUAGUGCCUCAUAACACACUGAUACCAGCUUUACACUGCAUCAAAAAAAAAAAAAAAAACAGAACCGGUAUUCAGCCAAAUGACCCACCGAGCUGCAGUCGGUGCAGCAGUCAUUCAUUCCACGGCGACCAAACGUUCAAUCAUUCCGUAACUUUAUUUGUUUAGAGGGCUUCUAUUUUCACUUUUAUGACUUAAACUAUUGAAGCCAAAUGUGACGCCCUCCUCUACAUGAAGCAUUAGAAGACGUUCAAGCUGCCCGAGUUCUCAUUCAAACCAUUUAUAUUACAGAGUCGAAACCACAUGAAGUGGAGAUAAAAGACUCAACAACGGACUUGAGAACCUCUCGUAUUUCAGCUCCACUUUUAAUAAUUAGGUACAGUGUGGCAGUGAAGGAAUUGAGACCUACUUUUCGUAAGUUUCAACCCAUUUAAAGCAUCACUUCAAAGUCGGGUCACAAAACAGGAGAAAUUUUAUGAAACGGUUAAACUAUCUUCAAUCAGGGAGCAUUGAUCGGUUUACUAGCCUCCUGCAAACUGUCCUGAAAACAUAAAUAACUGUUUAUCAGAUCAGGUUUCACAUGUUUUAACACGUAUCUUUUCAUAUCUGUGCAGAGGUUUCUCUUCUCCAGUUGAUUUUUCUGAUGUGAUGUCUUCUUGGAUGAAUUUAUCAGCGAAACAGAAGGCAGAAAAAAUGAGAACCAAGUUCUUCAGCUGGUUUUUUUGCUGUCGUUUCUCCAACUUUCUGUUGAGAUAUUAGUUUGAAAAAAUAAUUAGUGUUUGGGUUCUACACAAGGAGAGAAGCGAUUGUCUUUAUCUAGCAAUUAAGACUUGAAAAUGUCCCAGAAAUUGUAAUUCUAGUAAAUUAAAAAACAAGUUGAUUUUUUUUUUUUUAAUAAAUUGACUCACGCUACAUAAACUUGCAAAUUUAUCAUGCAAAUUGAGGAUCCUUCUCAAAAAUAUUAGAUUUUAAUUUUGUUUUACUUGAAAAUAUGCACGAAUAUAACCAGAUCAAUAUCAGCCAUGUAAAACAUAAAAAUGGACGUUUACAGUUUCCUAAAGCACAUAUUGUCCAUCAAUAGAUUUUUCUGACCUCAACAAUCAGUCGACCGUUUUUUUGGACUGCUAAAUUGAAAUACCCUGCAAGAAAUCUACAAACUAUUCACUCUCUUUGUCUCUUUCACUGUUGCAGAAUAAACUUUGACCCUUUGAUUGAAUUCAGCUCGUCUUUAUAAAAACUUCAUGUCCAGUGUCGGUUGCUGUUACUUUUGCUCGUGGUUUUGCUCAGAGCCGCCACACAGUUACCAAAACCUCCAGGAGAAACCCAGCUGUUACACAAUCUUACCGACCUUUGUGACAUGAACCAACGAUUUAAGCCCAGAAAUCAGACUCGGAUCAAUACUAUAACAGCUUGUAAUCACACCUGUUUGUCUUUUUAAAUGUUGACAAGAAUCACGAAUCACUUUGAAUUGUAUUCAUGAAUUAAAGUCUGCAUUAGCUCACACUUUAUUUAUUAAACUUUUCUUUUCAUGACACUGGUUUAAAUAUGGUAGCUGAUCAACUUGGCUGUUAAUAUUUUUGCCUUGGGUCUAAUAUUAUGUGUCUUGAUCUGUGUGUUUAGACUAUGCAUGUUUAUAAUUCAGUUUUGCUAUGUAGUGGAAUGCUAUUUUAUUUACUGCACAGGAAAGAGAAAUGAUGAUAUGAAAGAGGAAUUAUUUCUUUUUUUAGGUUUUACAAAAAGAUCUUGCUCUGUAAAAAAAAAAAAAAAAACAUUUGGAGAAUGAACUUGUUCAGAAUUUGGCCAUAAAAUGUACAUUUA